AUGAACGGCAACAUGUUAAAAGCAAUGGUGCAGCCUUUAAAACUUUCCUCAACUUUACGAUUCCUGAGAACGACAAGGUUAUUUCAAACUAGUAGUUUUGAGUUCCUUCCGCUGUCAAAAAUUAACAAGGAUGAUUUGGGACACUCCAUAAUUUAUCAUAAAGGAACCCUACCUCCGGGUUCUCCCAAAACCGCGCAUGAUAUAGUUUCCACUGGUGUGAAAGCGGCAAAAAUUCUCUCAUUGUCAUCGUCAGUAGCCGGAGUAAUUAUGGUUCCAAUUCUUUCUAAUUAUUUGUGGGAUGCCGCUGCCGAACGCCCAACAAUGAUGAUGUUCGCAAUAGUGGCCAACACUUUCUUGGUGCUUUUAUCGUUUACUCCAUUGUUACUUCAUUUCUUGGCGAAACGGUUUCCGCUUGAUAUUUUCUACAACAAUGACACAAAGACAUUUACGACAAUAAGCUACAACUUCCUGAUGCGACGACAAGCGUUGAGGUUUAACGCAAAUGAAGUUGUUGAUGCCCAAGUUGCUCCCGAAAUGAAAAAAGUUUGGAUUCCUUUGGCAACCGCGUUCGUUGCCAAAAAGCCAUUGUUAAUCUCGCUAGACCGUAAUCAGUACAUUGAUAAACUCGCAUUCGACGAACUUACAAAAAAUAUUGAUAUUCCCCUUAACCAUGAUUAG